AAAAUUGGUGUGAGAUAUAAAAUAUUGAAGGGUGCUUGAUUGAAGCGAGGUCGUAAUAUCCGUGGUUACCUUUUGGGUGCGCGAGGAAGAGACGCCUCCUAUACUCCGCUUUCCUAACCGUGACCGCCGUCGCACGCACACAUCGGCGCCUGGGAGAUUCUCUGGGUUAUUUUGCUUUCCAGGGAGUGUUUAUCGUCUUACCAUGGUUUCUUCGUCAGCGCUUGGUCAAGAAUUUAACAACUCUUUCUCAUCUAGAAAAAGGUUGAAAGUUUCAGAUUUUGAGCAUCAGGAACUAGAUUUGCAUACCUGUAUUGGUGCCGCAUCACUUCAGUCGAACACAAGCGAAUGCUCAUCUCGUGGGUGUUUUAAUGCCAAUCAUGCUUCUUCAUCAUGCAGCAGUUUCGAUGAAAAGAUUUGUUCUAAUACUGUGUUGGAGACUAGUUGUCAAUUGAAUGGAAAUAGUGGUGACGUGCCGGAGUCUAGUAAUGCUGGGGGAUCAUGGACCUCUUUCCCGGACAAGAAUUACUCUGGUUAUGUGCCCCCUGCUUUUGUGAGUGGGUGGAUGUAUAUUAAUGAAAAUGGACAAAUGUGUGGUCCUUAUAUCCAGCAGCAGUUAUAUGAGGGUUUAUUGACAGGAUUCCUGCCUGAGGAUCUUCCCGUGUAUCCCAAUGUAAAUGGGGCGUUAAUCAAUCCUGUACCUUUGAAGUACUUCAAGCAGUUUCCCGACCAUGUUGCAACUGGUUUUGUAUAUCUUGGCAUGGGUAGUUCAGGAGCAUCCUCACCUACAAAUUGUUUUUCCUCUUUCAAUAUGGAUUUGACUGGACAUAGGCAGGAGGGCUUUUUUCCGCAUGGUGCUCAAGUUUCUCAGCUGACAUCCCAUUCAUAUUUGCAUAACCAUGCUUGUAGCUCCAAUCUGCCAAUCUCAAAUUCCAAGGCAGAUACCCAUAAUACACCAUUCCCACUACCGUCAGGGGAAGAUACUUGUUGGAUAUUCGAGGAUGAUGAAGGGAGGAAACACGGGCCACAUUCUCUUCUGGAACUUUAUUCUUGGCAUCACUAUGGAUAUCUCCAGGAUUCAUUGAUGAUAUAUCAUACUGAAAAUAAGUUUAGACCACUUCAACUGUUAUCUGUUGUGAAUUCAUGGAGAAUGGAGAAGCCUGAAUCUGUCUUUGUAUCUGAUGCCAAAACUGAGACUAGCUCACUACAUAGCUUCAUAUCUGAAAUCUCUGAUGAAGUUUCUUGUCAACUGCACUCUGGAAUAAUAAAAGCAGCUCGUAGAGUCGCGUUAGAUGAGAUAAUCAGAAAUGUCAUAUCAGAGUUUGUUAACGCAAAAAAAGCACAUAAGAACCUUAAGCUCAAUAGUCAAGUUGCCAAAACAUGCUCUACAGAUGAAAGAAUGUCUGAAGUUCCUCCCGAGAGAUAUAAUCAUGCUCCUCCUGAGGCUGAAGCUGCAACCUGCAAUCAUAGCUCUGAUCAGGCUCAAGUUGAUCAGGUGUCUGUGCAGUUCCAUACAAGCACAAAAUCUGUUGGAAGCAUUGACAACUUCUGGAGGUCAUAUGCAGUUGUUUGUAGAAUUCUUUUCGAUUGUUGCAUGGAAGUCAUGUGGAAUGCUGUUGUUUAUGAUGCCAUAGCGGAGUAUUCUACUUCCUGGCGAAAGAGAAAACUUUGGUUUUCUCAUCGGAAGGUUAGAAUUCCUACUAGCAUCAGGGAUCGUGGCAAGGAGACUGAAAAAUCACCCCAUGAACUUUUAUCCAGGCAAGAGUCUUCUGGUUGUGAUGUUGAUUGUUCUCCUGGUUCUGAAAUUGUGACGGUUGAAAAGGAUAUUCAUGCAGAAUCACCUAUAAUUGCUUCAUUUUUUACUAUGGGAGAGGAGUCAUCUAAACUGGAUGGCCUAUCAUGCAAGGGUUUUUUAUACAAUGGCAUAAAUUGCUGCUUAGAAUGCGUGGAAAAUGAGCUACAUUUGUCCACAAAGGUGUCUUUGGUUGAAUAUGUUAAAUUUCUUGUCAAAGAGGAAGCCAUGAAAAUAGUUAAAUACUCAGAGGAUGACAACUUGAAUGAGGAGACUGUUGAAUCUUCAGGUCAGUGUCGCCAGACAACUGAAUUUAGUUCUCCAGAGUUGGAUGGGGAACUGAGGAUUGACUCCAAGAUUGAGACAUCCAAUGAUUCUCAAAGUUCAUUGAUAGCUGGAAUGCCCUCUGGCUCCUUUGUAUCUGAAAAUCGUUUUUCAAAUUUUUUGGCAAGUAUUUUUGAAAAAUCAUUGGCAUGUGUCGAAGAUAUUAUGGAUGACCAAAAUAUUGAUGAGUCACCACUACCUGGACUUGAAGAUAAUGCUGGAAUUCUUGUCCCUUCACCUAUAUGUAAAUUCCAACCUUCAAGAUCAGAUGAGUCUACUCCUAGAAUCAGAGAAUAUGUUGCCAUGGCAAUAGUCAGGCAGAGAUUGCAUGAUGAUGCACUAAGAGAGUGGAAAUCAUCGUUUAUUGACGGUAUCCUUAAUCAGUUUAUUGGAUUCCAGCUUAAUUCAGAAAGGCACUUUGAACUUUCCAAUGUGGAAGGUACAUUUAAUGCAAAAAAAGCACAUGAUGGCAAUACUUCACUGGACAAAGUUAAGGAUCGUUUAAGGAGGUCUGAUAGUUCAGAUGCUACAGUGAUGUCUUUGGUCACUGGUAAAUACACAUAUUACCGCAAGAAAAAGUUGGUGCGGAAGAAGUUGGGGUCAUCUUCUCAGUCUAUGACUCCAGUUGAUGCAGGGUUACAGCAACAGCCUGUCGAGAAGUCUCAAAAGCAUCACAUUAUCAGAGAUUUUGCUGAGAACAUAGAAGUCAAACCUGUUGUUGCAACUCCCAAGAAGAAGCAACUAACCAAGGUCCAGGCUGUAUUAUCUUCCCAGUCUAGGUCUUCAAAAGCCAUUGUUAAAAGCAAUUCAUCAAAUGAUCAAUCAUUGUCCAAAAAUGGUACUCAUCAAAAAGUAAUGAAGAUUAAGCAUGCAGUUGCAAGACCUAAUAAUAAGGUCAUAGAGCACUCUGUAAAACCUGCUCGGAAGAGUGUUUCAGACUUCGGUAAGGAUCGUGCUAAUGUUAAGAAGGUUAUUGAUAGCAAAAUCCAUAAUGCUGGAAGUGACAAAUCACUGACUCAAGAUUGUUCCAAAAAUAACCUAAUUGCCAUUAAGACGUCAAAGUUGAAAAGGAAGCAUUCAGAGGGUGUUGAGUCAACAAUGCAUCCUACAAAGAUUCUGAAAGUGGCCAAUUGUGCUUCCAAGCAAGCUGCAACUAGACAGGUUACAUUGCCCAAGACAAAGUCAAGUAAAUCCAAGAAAUCAAAUCCUUGCCCUAAAUCUGAUGGAUGUGCACGUUCUUCAAUUAAUGGCUGGGAGUGGCACACAUGGUCACGUAAUGCAAGUCCUGCUGAAAGGGCGCGUGUUAGGGGCAUUCACCGUGUUCUUGCCAACCUUUCAAGUUUUGAGGCUUAUACUUCUCAUUUGACGAAUGGUAAGGUUCUUUCUGCGAGAACAAACAGGGUGAAGAUGCGCAAUCUCCUUGCUGCAGCUGAUGGUGCUGACCUUUUGAAAGCUACACAAUUGAAGGCAAGGAAAAAGCGCUUGCGUUUCCAACGGAGCAAGAUUCAUGAUUGGGGUCUUGUUGCCCUGGAGCCUAUCGAGGCUGAGGAUUUUGUAAUUGAAUAUGUUGGUGAACUAAUUCGUCCUCGAAUAUCCGAUAUACGUGAGCGUCUUUAUGAGAAGAUGGGAAUUGGCAGCAGUUAUCUUUUUAGACUUGAUGAUGGUUAUGUGGUUGAUGCUACAAAACGUGGGGGAAUUGCAAGAUUCAUAAACCAUUCUUGUGAGCCCAAUUGCUACACAAAGGUCAUAAGUGUCGAAGGUGAGAAAAAAAUUUUCAUUUAUGCGAAACGACACAUAGCUGCUGGGGAAGAAAUCACUUACAACUACAAAUUUCCUUUGGAGGAGAAAAAGAUACCAUGCAACUGUGGUUCCAGGAAGUGUCGUGGAUCAUUGAAUUAGGAAGUAUUCUCAGUUGCCAUUUUUGGCUAUACUUUGGAGUUUUAUUCCUGACUCUGUAUGUUUGCUAUCAACAGAUGUCGAAGCUGACGUUUAUUAAGGAGUUGGAUUGUUCAGCUUGACUUCAGAGUGCCUACCUAAGAAUCUGGUGCUUGGAAGUAUUUCAUGUUUGUAACAAGAUGAAUGAGCUGCAGUCUGGUAGCAAAGUGCAUUGGCUGGGUUUAUCGUCAAUUAUAAUCCAUGUUUUUGCCGGUAAUCUAGCCUCUGAUUACUUGAGUCACUUGCGCUCAUUUGUUGGGACUGAGGAUUGGUUCUGAAUGAUAGGCGUCAAUAAAGGCUGGGUUGUGUGGUUGUGGUGGUUUUUCCAUUGAAUUUUUCACCUACUGGUGUUAGAUGAUGUACAAAUUACUCGUGGAUUCUUGUAGAUCUCUCUCUGCUGCAGAUGAGUUUCUCCUCUUAGAAAGUCCAAAUCUUAGAAAUAUGAAUUUGUUUCAUGCUUACAUGACAUUUUUUGGAUUUCAGUUUGUUGUACAAACAUGCAUUGUUAAAUCAUAUAUUCGAUAAAAAUGAAAUUUUAUUUAUAAGAAGAAUCAUAGAAAUUAUACCGA